UUCUACCAGCAGAUAUAAAGAUCGUCAUUUGGAAGGGUUAGCACUCAAGGUCAGAGUCAGCAAAUCCUCCUCUAAAAAUAGACUCUAGUUGCAAAGCUAGUAAGGUUUCUUUUGUCGUUCUGCUGCACUUCACAGGACCCACUUACCUACAGCACCCACCUAAGCUUACAGUUCCCCUAGGUGCUCUAGACCCUAGCUGUUAGACCUACCAAAUUCUUACCAGUGGAUUUUCCAGGAAACAAAUUCCCAGUGGAGACUGAACUUCAGUAAUCACAAACCUUUGGGUUUUGUUCUGAUUGCUGUUUCUUGCACGUCCCAAGAGCGCUACUCCAUGGAUAAAAUGUCAUCAGGAAGUUGGAAUGCUGCGAAGAAAAAUGCAUACACAGCAAUCAAAGUAGAUCCUGAAGAGGACUACUGUACCCCAGGGGCAUUUGAACUGGAGCGACUCCUCUGGAAGGGAUGCCCAAAGUACACUCACGUCAAUGAAGUCUGGCCCAACCUCUACAUAGGAGAUGAAAAAACUGCAUUAGAUCGCUACAGCCUGGAGAAGGAGGGAUUCACCCACAUCCUCAACGCGGCCCAUGGUCAGCGGAACGUGGAUACAGGACCAGAGUAUUAUCACAACAUGGCUGUGGAGUACCAUGGAGUGGAAGCAGACGAUCUCCCCACUUUCAACCUCAGCCAAUUCUUUUAUUCAGCUUCUAAAUUCAUUGAUAAUGCGCUUCAGGAUGAAAGAAACAAGGUUCUGGUUCACUGUGCCAUGGGUCGCAGCCGCUCAGCCACACUGGUCUUGGCUUACCUGAUGAUUUACAAGAACAUGACAGUGGUGGAUGCCAUUGAGCAAGUAUCAAGACACCGGUGCAUCUUGCCAAACAGGGGCUUCUUGAAGCAGCUGAGAGAACUGGACAUAGCGUUGGCACUGCAGAGGAGGAACAGCAAAAACAGCCUACCACCUGAUGGCGAGCAGAACAGCACUACCAUCUAGUACUGCUCCUGGCAGGGCUGUGCUACUGGAAAAGAAACUCUGUAGAAGGAGGGGAGGGGAAGGUGUAGUUAAUUACACAGUCACAAGGAUCAUUUGUUAUUUGCUGGAAAAAAACAAAGUCAUUUCAAAUGCUGUCAAGAUGAGAAAGAAGGGAGGCCAAAUUUAAAACCCAUCACCUUAGAAAGUUCCAACCUUAGCAGAAUUCUUUGUUACAUCAACAAAUAAGUUUCUCUCUCUCCUUGUGCUUUUACAGUACAAAAACUUAAAACUCUCCUCUAGCUGAGUACCCCCAAAAUCCUGAUCCUAACCCAAGGACACUGCCUUUGAAUGAGUGCAGCUAGGCACUCCUGAAGAAAUUUUGCAGGAAAAAAAAUAAUUGUUUAGUCCAGAGUCCUGAAGGAUUUCACAGGAGUUUGCCUUUUUGUGUUGUUUCCUGCCAUGUCCAUGUCUUCUUUCAGAGCAAUAAUCUAGGGCAGCAUAGUGUUUAAAGAGUCUCUACACGAGGAUCAACUUCUCAGUCUUCACAAUGUACUUUGCAGCACACCAUGCAAACUAGAAACAAAGCAACACCCUUGAGAAGGUCAGAUGCAUAAGCAGCUACAACAGACAACAAUUUAAGGAGAUACAUACACAUGACAUUUUAGGAGUUUCAGUUUUAACUUGCUUAACUUGUCCUAAAUCCUUCAAUUACCUAAAUUUUAUAAGGUUCUAUACAUAAAGAAGUGCCUUUACAUUGUUAUGAGGAAGUUCAGUGCUGAACGUGUGGAGCCCUAAUAUAGCCCCUAAAUAACUAUAGAUUAUAACCAGUUCUAAUGAGGUUUUAGAAAAGGCAUGAGACACCAAUGAAACCUUUAAAAAAUACCAGUGACCUGACUACCCUGGAAAAAGCUGCUGCUGUGCUUCCAGACACUGUUUAUAUUUAUCACUACCAUAUGUUUCCUCCUAUCUCAGCUUUAGUCACCUGAAUAGGUCAUUAUGCUCCUAUAUAGUUGCAUUUGUUAAUAAUAUCAUUUGUUGGCAGAAGUGGUACAAAUACACUAAUGGGGACACCAGACCUACUUUUCUGCCUAACCUUACUCCAUUUACCCUACUCGACAUAAAUUAUCAAACUGUGUUUUGACACAAAUGAGAGUUCUGCCACCCCAGCAGCAUUUGACAUUUUUAAAAUGUACUUUACAGGAGGAUCACAAUUAAGUCAUGUUUACCUUUCCUAUAUCUGCUAAAAGCUCAAGUCAUCACCCUCUCCACCAGAAUUUUGCCUAUUUCAAUGUAUCAGGUAAGAGCUAUUUGCUGCCUCAGUGCCUGCGAAGAAUGACUUGGCCAUCAAGCACAUAGGAAAAUUCUCUUGGUCUUUAGCACCUGACACAAGACUUUGCAACUUCGGUGCAGUAUGAAGUGUAGAAGUCUUGUAUACUUAAAAAAGAAGAAUACGGGGCAGAAACACGACACUGAAAACUGUGAGUAUAUGCUACAAACCAGAGUUGAGCACAACUUCAUACCAUUUUUAUAUAUGUUAACAGAUCUUCACAGGCUAGCCAUCUCUAGUGUGAAGACUUUCCUAUUCCUUCACAUCUUUUUGGGGCCCAAAACCCAGGAAAUCAUUCAUCUCUAAACACUAACUGUAGCCACGGCUGCAGACACCCCUAAUACAAUGCUUUUGAUUUAUCAUUUGUAUUUAUCUGCAUAAUAAAUACCUUAUCUUU